AUGGGGACCACUUCAAUACCCACGUUUUUAACGGAAGAUGGGGUACCGUUCGGAAGGCAGAGCGGAGCUAGCCCAGCGCUACCUCCAAGCACUCCCUUCGGAAACGCCCUCGCUACCCAAACAACCGCCGAAGCCGAGCUGGCAGCCCAAAUCGCAACCUUACGGAAGGACAUGGCGAGGCUUCAGGAACACAACAACUUUCUUUCGUCCAAGGUGGACGAAACCCAGCAGCUGCUUCACCAGCAGCAAUCGCGGAACAUCCAGACAACUCGCUCCUCCGAGAGCUUGCAGACCCCCUGUGGGAAGAACAAACGCAGGAAGGUAGCGAAGGCAACGCCCACACCUUCCAGAGAGCUAGUAGUUUCGGCACCAAAGGAUCAGCCGCACAUCCCCAGGAAAGUCUACUCCGAUUGCCGACAUAGGCUAAACGAUCGGGAACGUCGCGCUAACGAUCGGGAGGCAGAGAGAGAGAGGUCUCCGAUCGGUAUUGGCGCUCGAAUAAGGGACUCACGGAUGAAAAUCCUAGGAGACAAGUCGCCUAUUCGGAAGGUCAGAGGACUAGAUCCUACCGAGUCGUCGGAAUCCGAGUACAUCCCUACCAAGACACACACUUCCACCUACCGUUCGGCAACACCUUCACGGUGUGCGGGAGAUAAUUCACUGGGCCUACAACGACAAUCGGAAGAUUACGGCGCCGAAGAAAUCCCUAGCCGAGACCCCAUUGUCCGACUCCUUUUUCAGAAAGUCCAGAAGAUGGAAAACGACAACGCUCGCUCCCAAGAACUGGAAUGGGGAAAGCUUCGACCCGGACCAUUCACCAGGCACAUCCGGGAUUCUCGGCAGGACAGGGAGGUGCAGCAACUGCGUAUACCAUUCUAUACGGGAACGGAGGACCCCCUAACACACCUCCACUCAUUUCAGUCCGCCAUCGGAUGCAAGGGCCUGAGCGAUGAAGGGCAGUGCCUGCUAUCCCCGUCCUCCCUUACCGGGGUGGCCCUGAACUGGUUCUACCGGUUGGAGCCGGAAACGGUAGCCUCCUUCGACGAGCUGAAGCAGAUUUUCCUCAACCACUUCGUGAUCCAAACGGACCGUCUCUACUCCUCCGAUGAUCUGUACACGAUUCGGCAAAGAGAGGACGAACCGUUGAGAGAAUACGCGGCGCGCUUUAGUCAUGAGUACUCAAGGUGUCCGGAAACAGAUGAUAGGGCAGCCUACGGCGCCUUCAAGAGCGGCCUUCGGUCCUCGCAUUUCCGAUACCUAGUACACAGCAGCAACUGGCGCACGUACGACGAACUGAUGAAGCAGGCGGCAAUCCACGCAAAGGCUGAAUACUUCAACUCGAAACCCACGGUUUCGGCACCACGAGGAGAUGCGGAACCAAGUGCCUAUCCUGCAAAGGCGCCACCCUACGAGCGAGUCGACACCUUCUCGGUGGGUCAUAAGAGGAAAGACGACCGCUCCGAUCGAAGGGAGCACUCGAAGAAAGGAAAAGGGAAGUAUGGUCGCAACGACAACCGAGCGCCCCUGCCGAAUCGUGAUCACGACAGUGAGAUCUUCACCCUACUGAACACUACCUACGAGGCAGUCCUGAUGAACGAACAGGAAAUAAUACCAAAGCCGAAUCAACGAAGACCCAAUCGGCAAGACAAUCGGGAUACCGGUAAAUUCUGCCGAUACCAUCAACACAACAGCCAUAAUACGGAAGACUGUAUAAGUCUGAGAAAAAUUGUCGAACGGUUGAUCAGAGAGGGGAAACUUGACCAGUAUAUCGCCCGGCAGCAACCGGCGCCCGUGCCGAAUGCAAAUCGGCAGAUAAACAUGAUAAGCACUAUCAGCGGCGGCCCCACCAUCGCAGGACUGAGCAACCGUUCAAUGAAGCAAUACGUGCGUGCUGCACAGUUUCCUCAGGUAUUCGGCAUAGAGGUGAAUCGCCACCAUGAAACACCGAAAGAUCAUUGGGAGCCGAUAACGUUUUGCAAGGAAGAUGAACAUGGCAUCCUCUACCCCCACGACGACCCAAUGAUUGUCCGAGCUGAAAUCGCCGAUUACGAUGUAGGGCGAGUACUGAUCAAUACCGGGAGCUCGGUAAACGUGAUCUUUGCCGAAGCUUUCUGA